CCUGCCCGCCACAAUAAACACACUGAAGGCACCUUCCUGCACUGGUCAGCUUGUCGCCAAUGCUCAAGUUAGCUGUUCUGAAUCCGCUGCGCGAGUAAUUCUUGAGGCGAGAAAGUACCUACCUAAUCAAACUGGAACUGACAAACUCGCUGCCAACUUGAAAGUAAUAAACCAAAACAGCUGUUCCCGACGUCCAUGUCGCUUCUUGAUCACCACAGUCAUCAUCAUCGGAAAACAACUUAACAACUCCAGCAGUUAUUAAUCUGCAUCCCCUCCCAGCUCGAUAGGUUGACGCCGCCCAAGUUCGACAACUCAUUUCCAUAAAAUGCAGAAUCCAACUUCGACCCAGAACCCAACCUCAAUUCACAAACAGUGUCCGAUUCAAGGCCCAGGGUACGAAUCGACUAACGAAGAUGCGGCUCGGGACCCAUUUUCCGGUUACGACUCGAGCUCGGGGGAAUCGGACCGAGUUCGGGCUUCGGACUCCAUACCGACAUUGGAAACGGUAACCCAACCGGGGAUCACCAGUGUUGAGCCUCCAGCGAACCUCAAGGCGCGGCUCAAGGAGUCGUACGAUUCCAUAGCGCCGUCUUACAACCAGUGGACGCUGAUGCACCGGGGUCACCGCAUGAAUUAUGCGAUGAAGCUAAUCGACCUACUCCGGGAAGAACGCGCGCGCAGGGACGAGGCCAGGGGCACUGCGGAGGAAAUCGGAAAACACCCAGAGCCCUCGGGGCUCCGGGGCCACGCAGAACGCUUAGGGCAGUCACAGUACGUGGAGAAAACAAAAAAGGGGAAGCAGGCGGAAAAGGUCAAGGUUACCUCGGCUGCUCAGCCCGCGGAGGACCCCAGGGAAGCAGCGCUUAACUCGAUCACCUCGGUGUCCGAGAUCGCGGGGUACGCAGGUGGUGUAACGAACGGGAAUCAUGGCACAGAGCAUGAGAGCCACGCCAGAGAGGAGCCUUCGCUCCUUGCCGAGGCUGGUAUCCACCUCGUCCGGCUGAACGACAUGAAGGCACUCGAGGUGGGGUGUGGUGACGGCAUUCCAGUCACCGAGGCCCUCCUCUUGGAGGAGUUGAACGUGGUCGGCGUGGACAUGUCGGCAACCCAGAUCGCCUUCUGCCAGGCACACUUCCCCAACCAGGCGGCCGCUCUCCAGGUGGAGUGGGACCAGAAGGACAUGAUGGAUCUGCAAUACGAGAAGGGCGAAUUCGACGCUAUCAUCGCGGUGUACACCCUGCUUCACCUUCCCCGGGAGGAGCAGACGGUCUUUCUCGCAAGGGCUUGCCGGUGGCUCAAGCCCGGCGGCUUGAUCUUAUUCAACUUUCCGCAAGCGGAGAACGAGGGUGAGGUGGAGGAGCAUUGGUUGGGGCUGGAUAAGGGGUGGGUAUACCGGAGCAGUUGGGGGGAGGAGAAGAUGAUGCGAAUUAUUGAGGGCUUGGUGGGGAUGAAGGUACUAGUGAAGGAGGUGACCGAGGUUAACAACCCCGAUCCCAAGUUUGUGUGGGUAAUUGGGAAGAAGAGUGUUUAGUGUAAUGAGGGGUGACGGCGUGC